UUCCAUCAAUUAAUUAAUCUCCACGGUCCCCGUCUCCCCUCAUAGGAACCGUACUUUUCUCCCGCCUCAUUUCACCACCACCGCCGCCGCCACGUACCACCACCUCUGCUACUAUCACCACCACUCGGAUAAACAGAGUUCUUCCUAACAAAAUUCAAAAUGCAAAGACAAAAACCUAAUUACAGUUCAAAUUUCCCAAUGAAUUCAGCUCGUCAACUCAUCGAUUCCCUAACUUCCCACCUCUCUUUGUACCACUCAAGUUUCCCGAAUUCAAACCCUAAUCCUAACCCCAGAUCAUCAAUUAUCAAAUGGUUCUCAUCUUUGUCAGUCCAACAACGCCAAGCUCACCUCACAGCCGUUGAUUUCAAGUUCACCCAAACCCUUCUCGAAAUGCUCCUCAAGCUCAAGACCAAUGGUCAUGGAUUCUUCUUCAUCCUAGCCGAUAUUCCCCGUGCGGCUCCUGAUUACCGCCACGCGUCCGGCAGCAUUAGCCUCCCCAGCCUCUUGUUUCGUAAGUCUAACGGGUUGUUGUCCCGAGUCGCUGGGGCAAAUCAGUUUGAGCUGGCUAUUCGCGAGUCUAUUCGGUUGUUCAGCUCGGAAGAAGGUGAAAACGUUAAUGAUUUUUCGCGGUUAGGGGCUGAUGUUUGUAUUGAUUCGAUUACUGUGAGUGAGGAAUUUGUUGAAAAUGUGGAGAUGUUUGUUGAGAUCAUGGAUGGGGUGUCGAAUGGGGCAUUUUUGAGAGGAGAGGAAAGUGGAGGGUUGGCGGCCGAAUGGCCAGAAAUGGAGUGGUUGAAGGCAAAGGGGUAUUGUAGCAUGGAGACACUCGUGGCAAAUAGAUUGGAGGUUGCAUUGAGGUUGGCUUGGUUGAAUUGUAAUAACAGUGGGAAGAAAAGAGGUGUGAAAUUGAAGGAGAAGAUCAAUGGGGCUGGGGUUGCAGCAAAUGUGUUUGGGAGGAAGAAGGGGUGUAUAGAUUGGUGGACGAAGUUGGAUGAGGCAAUGAAGAAGAAGGUGUUUCAAUUGGUAGUCGGAAAAGCAGCAAAACUUCUGACUGCUGAAACUUUGAAAGGUAAAGAUGUCUUGGAGAAUGAGAGGAUGCUCAAUCCCAACACUGAACAACCAUUGGCAUACAACACCUUUUUGUCACUUGAAGAAAAUGAUGGGCGUCCCCCAAUACCAGAUUCAAAAGUUGAGUGCAGGGCUUCUGUAUCAGUUUCUAAAUAUCCCUUCCAACUAAAAUGCAUGCUUAGUGUUUUGAUUCUUCUCGAGGAUAUUUCUUCUAUGUUGUUAGUGUUUCAGCAUAGUGGAUAUAAUGAGGACAAGCUGUUUUUUAGUUCACUGGAUUCUGUUAGUACAACUUCUGACCUUAUAUUAAGAAAAUUGCGGGAUAUACUCAUGGUGAUUUCACUUGAUUGUACAAAAUUUGAGCUACUUGAAGAGGGAAAAAUGAGUUCCUCAACAAAGAAGCAGAAGGAAAAGCUUGGUACUAGUAACCACAAGAAAAAGGGGAAGAAUCGGAAUUUGAAAAAGCUUCAUUCUGCAGCAAGAUCUUCAGAACUUGAUAAUUCACUUCCUAAACCUGCAAAGGAAAAUGGUACUGGACUUCCACAUAAAAGAAGUUAUAAUUUAAGUCCAUCAAGCAAGGUUUCUGAAAAGGUUAAGGAGAGAAAUCCUUCGACAGAGUGUCUUGUCUCAAGAAUUGACAUGGCCCGCAAUAAUGGAAGUGCUUCCAGGAAGAGUAAAAAACAGAGAAACAAACUUAGAAGUUCCAGCACUCAUAGCUCAGUAGAAAUUGAAAGUUGUCAAAGAAGAGAGGUGGAAGCUGUCUUAGUUUCCUCUAAUUGUCAGAAUGGGAAUGCAGAGUCUGAUUGUAUAGCUGAAGAUCCAAUUAUUGAUAAUGCACAUGAAGGGAUAGGAAAUGAUAAACAUGAGCCGAAUUCAAGUAAUUCUACAGUUCCAAAGCCUCUUAACUCUGGUAAUUCUGAAGGCACUAAAAAUCCUGGUUUCAGGGACUGCCAGAACUCUGGCAUAGUGGUUGUAACUAAUGGAGCGGUUGCCAGUCUUGAGUCUGUAAAAGGCAAUGUGGACUGCGAGGCAUCUCCUUCUAUGCCAACACAAUAUUUGAUUGAUGAUUUAGGCAGUGUGGAAACCAAGAGGGCAAAGAGUAAGCAGCAACAUGAGGUGGACAGAAAAUCAAGACUUUUGACAAAACUGAGCAAAGAUAGCAAUGUCAAUGGAAAAGCUACUCCAUUUAGGGAGCAAGGUACAUCUGGACUCUAUGAUAUAGGCAUUAUAAACUCUUCUGCCUAUCUCUCUUAUGAAUGGCCAACUGUAGCUCCUAUACAGAUUCCACCUUGUAAUUCGCAUCUCCCGGCUGCUACUGAUAGAUUGCACCUGGAUGUUGGUUAUAAUUGGCAAAAUCACUUCCAUCAAUCCUUUGUACCAGCAGUUCAUAGAGUGAGAAAUUCUCCAGUUGAAACUGGGUGCAGUGGCAUUACAUCUCAACCAUUACCUAUGAGUUUAGACUGGCCUCCAAUGGUGCGUGGUGUCAAUAGAAUAGCUCCUUCAGUCGCUUGCAACUAUGAUUCAGGGUUCAUCUCAAGGCGGCAAUCUUCUUUUCAGCAGGGCUUCUCAGCUUCAGGUGUCCACUGCAGUGUGAUGACUGCUGAGGAUGAGAGGGUUUGUUCCAGUGAUGUGAUGGACUUUUCAGAUGCCAUAAAUUUGCAUGAGCUGGCUGAUGAUCAGGACAAUCAGUGGAUGUCUGAAGAAGAACUAGAGCUACAUGCAGUUUCUGGGAUGGAUUAUAAUCAGUAUUUUGGGGGUGGUGUGAUGUACUGGAAUCCUUCUGAUUUCCCUGUGAGCAGCUUUUCUCGUCCUCCUUCUCUUAGUUCAGAUGACAACUCAUGGGCUUGGCGUGAAGCAGACAUGAACCAAGCUGUUGAUGAUAUGGUUGGCUUUUCUUCUUCUUAUAGUACGAAUGGUUUGACUUCUCCAUCUGCUGCUUCUUUUUGCUCUCCUUUUGAUCCAUUAGGUCCAGCACACCAGGCUGUGGGUUACGUUUUAUCUGAGAAUGAGAUAGGUGGCAAAGUUGUCCCCUCCUCAUCAACAAUCGCAGAGGUAGUUACAGAUGACAAUAUCUCAGGAUCUUUUUCCAACUUGUCUGGUGACUGUGAAGCGAAGACUGGAGAUUCACUUCAAUACCCCAUUUUGCGACCGAUUAUCAUCCCAAAUAUUCCAAGAGAAAUACCAAAAUCAGAUUUUAAACGUAAUCUUGAUCGUAAAAGCCCCUGUAUUCCUCCUAUUAGCCGGGAGCAGCCUCGGAUUAAGAGGCCACCUUCACCUGUUGUUCUUUGUGUUCCUCGUGCUCCACGUCCGCCUCCUCCCUCUCCUGUUGGUGAUUCUAGAAAACAUAGGGGCUUUCCUAGUGUUCGGUCUGGUAGCUCUAGCCCAAGGCACUGGGGUGUUAAGGGCUGGUCCCAUGAUGGAAUUAAUUUUGAAGAAGCUUGUAUACGGAUGGAUGGUAGUGAAGUAGUUUGGCCUUCUUGGAGGAAUAAAAGCCUCCAAGCCCGUAAAUUGACGCAACCUGUGCCAGGAGCUUUGCUGCAGGAUCGCCUGAUUGCUAUUUCUCAGCUAGCUCGUGAUCAGGAACAUCCAGACGUUGCAUUUCCAUUGCAACCACCUGAGUUGCUUAAUUGUUCCAAUCACAAGGCAUCUCUCUCUGUGAUCCAUGGCCUCCUUCAUGAUGAAAUUGACUCUUUCUGCAAGCAGGUUGCUUCAGAAAAUUUAUUGUGGAAGCCUUCUAUUAAUUGGGCUGUCAAGCGAGUGACACGGUCUCUUCAAGUCUUGUGGCCUCGAUCCAGGACAAAUAUUUUUGGUUCAAAUGCUACUGGGUUGUCACUUCCAUCAAGUGAUGUGGACCUUGUGGUUUGUCUCCCUCCAGUGAGAAAUUUGGAACCUAUAAAAGAAGCCGGGAUCUUGGAGGGGCGCAAUGGUAUCAAAGAAACAUGUCUACAGCAUGCGGCUAGGUAUCUUGCUAAUCAGGAAUGGGUUAAGAAUGACUCUCUCAAGAUUGUCGAGAAUACUGCUAUUCCAAUUAUCAUGCUCGUGGUGGAAGUUCCUCAGGACCUCAUUGCAUCUUCUGCAUCUAAUGGCCAAGCAUCAAAAGAAGAAUCAGUUCAAAAAACUAGUAAAGAAAACAACUCUUUCCAGGCUGAUCCCACUGGAUUAGCAACCGGUGCUUCAAAUAAGUGCUGUCAUAUGAAGUAUGAAAUGGAGAAGGAUGUAAAAUCAGUUCGUCUUGACAUUAGUUUCAAGUCCCCAUCACAUACUGGACUGCAGACUACAGAACUGGUCAAAGAACUUACAGAACAGUUUCCUGCUGCUAAACCGCUUGCAUUGGUGCUAAAGAAAUUCUUGGCAGAUCGUAGCCUGGACCAAUCAUAUUCGGGUGGUUUAAGCUCAUAUUGUUUAGUACUGCUGAUCAUGCGUUUUCUGCAGCAUGAACAUCAUCUUGGCCGGUCUAUUAACCAGAAUUAUGGAAGUCUCCUCAUGGAUUUUCUUUACUUCUUUGGGAACGUAUUUGAUCCUCGCCAAAUGCGUAUCUCUGUACAGGGUAGUGGUGUAUACAUAAAUAGGGAACAGGGGUACAGCAUUGAUCCAAUUUAUAUUGAUGAUCCUCUAUAUCCAGCAAAUAAUGUUGGGAGAAAUUGCUUCCGGAUCCAUCAGUGUAUCAAGGCUUUUGCUGAUGCUUAUUCUACUCUGGAAAAUGAGCUUACUUGCCUUCCCAAUAGCGAUGAAUUGAAUACAAAGCUGGCGUGUAAGCUGCUCCCAAAAAUUAUUCCAAGUAUUGGUCUUUCUGGUGGAUCCUAAUUAUCUGAAAAGAUUAUCCUACUCAAUGAUCAUCAAACACUUAUGGCGAAGUUUGAAUUGCUGGUUUGGGGUCAUAUGGUGAAGCUGUCAUGCCAUUGUUACCAAUAGCUACACAACUUUCUGGCAAGCUUGGUCUUACUUCAAAAUUAAACAAUCGCAUGGCCAAUACAGAGCUAUGCAGCAGAAACUCGGAGGCUGGAGAUGUCCAGUAAAAGUGCAGUAAAUGUCCAGUAAAAGUGCAGUUACUGGAAGGCCUUUAAAUGUGCCUUAUUCCUCGUACUGCUGAUCAUGGUCUGAGCUUGUCCAUCUUUUCUCGUUAUGGCUGGCUUCCACUCUCAGUACUGGGAGAAGUGAUCUGAAAUUUUGACUAUUUAAUGAACAGAUUAGCAGCAAUAUCCUACAAUACUGCACUUCCAGAUCAACUCUGAAUGUCUGUAUGAAACCACUAUGUUGCCAUGUAUUGUACUCGCACUUCUUCUGGUUCAAGUCAAAACUGUGUCUCAAGUUUUUGCUGUCUAUCAGAUGCCAUUACUAGUGGAAAUCCAGAUUGUGGCGUCCAUCUUGGAGAAGGGCAGAUUUCAAGUCUGGCAGAUGAAGGAUGUCAGUGCUGCAUCUAUGUUGGAUGAAAGGAUAUCUGCAGUAGUGCUUGUUCAGUUGAUUUUCUGCUCCGAUACAGUAACAUGCAUUUUAUACCCUUUCCGUCCUUGGACCCCAGAAAUAACAAUCGAUUUGUACAUUUUAGGCAGGGAUAAGAAAUUUGAUCAACCAAAUGUUUUAUACAAGGAAAAGAAGUUGGACGCAUUGAUAAUUGGAAUCUUGAUGUCUGAAAUACGUUGUAAUAAAUAAUUGAUUGCUGACUCACUGCUACAACGCAGUUUCAACCUGUUGCUCUUCCAGAAAA